GGACCUUGAUGAUGACUCAACCAUUAACGCCAGGAAAGAGCCACACAUUCGCAGCUUCCGUUCGCUGAAACUCAGGAAGGUCCCGCCUGCGCUUGUCCCGGAGCCGCCUUCCGUGGCCUCCCGAUGUCCCCGACCCGGUGGACGGGAGGCAGGUGCGUGGGUAGGUGUGCUCCUUCUGCAGUAAGCAGUCAGCAAUUGCGGGCCGAUUUCGUGGCCAAACUCAAUGGAACCCCAAACCUUCACUCACCACCACCUCACUCAACGUCUCACUUUCCGUGACCACCUCGUCUCAUUUGGCAACUGCGGCUUUACUCUGCCCAAUUCUUAUUGACUUGGGAGUUCGGUUUCACAUCCGCAGCACUCACGAGAACACUGGUAAACCAUAUCAGACGCCAUGGCGGUCAACGAGAUAUUCCAGUACUCCAUCAUCUCGGCCCUGAUGGACGGCGUCGCCUCCAAGGGCCUACCGGUAUCAGACCUCAUCUCCCACGGAAAUCAAGGCCUGGGAACAUUCCGCUACAUGGUCGGCGAGAUGAUCAUCCUCGACGGAAAGCUCUACCAAAUGAAAUCAGAUAACACCGUGACCCCAAUCGAAACGAGCCCGGCCUCCGACGCAGUCGCUCCCUUCGCCAUGGUCACCCGCUUUCAGCCCACAGCAACAAUCAAGGCCGCUUUCAGCAACAAAAAGGAGCUCUUUGAGCAUCUCUCCCAGGACUUCCCCGACUCGAAAAACUUCUUCCUCGCCAUCAGGAUCGAGGGUGUCUUCAAGGGUAUCACGGUGCGGACAGCCGGCGGCCAGAGUAAGCCUGGCGAGAGCCUGACUGAGGUCGGCAAGCACCAGGCGUCUCACACCUUUGAGGAGCCGGUGCGGGGUACUGUUGUUGGCUUCAGGUCACCAGAGUAUACCAUGGGCAUCAGCGUCGCUGGUGAUCACCUGCAUUUUAUCACCGAGGACCGGACACAGGGCGGGCAUAUUCUGUCUUUUGGUACGGACGGCGAGGUCGAGAUUGGUGCCGCGCAAAUUUCACAGUGGCACGUCGAGCUGCCUACGAAUGAUCCAGAGUUCAAUAAGGCCGCAUUGGAGGGCGAUAAGGAGGGUAUCGCUGCCGUGGAGGGCUAGCAGCGGCCGUGGAGCAGUGUAGAAACAUACGAUAAUAAUUCUAAUGAUUGAUAAUCUCGCAACAAUCCCAUGGACAUUUCUGACCUGGUUGCACUGUGAGAGGAGAAAAGAGAAAAGAUACAUGAAAGCAAGUUCCGAUUGGCUUAGCAACUGGGUCGUGGUCCACUCGUGAGAAUCCUCCAGGACAGGAUGCGCAACUUCCCUAACCAUCUUGGCAAGUCUCACUGGAAUACUCAACUGUGGGCUGCUUAUGGGUGCAAACUCACCAGUCACUUUUCACCUUGAUCGUAGCGUGAAGUAGCCAUGUUGUUUGAGUUAGCGAUAAAUAUCCUUCAAAAAGACAAUGUUUCAAGAUCACGGCGAGUCACAGGCAAGGUCGAGCAGUGAAGUUAAAAAUGAUAAAUUAAUUCAUG